AUGGGCGAGGGCAUAGACGAGGGAACUGAGAAACAAACUUCUUCUUUGUUUGAAGACAUUUCGCCAACCACAUCUAUACCAGAAACCGACGAAGGAUCCAGCGGGCAACAAACACCACUCAAGUCAUCCGGCAAACCAACAUUCGUGAGGAGAACAACAUUGGAGGAUGCCUUGGAUAUGCAGAUACCACAAGCCACAAGAAAUUCUGUUUCUACCAGAUUGUCGAAACUACGAGUAUCGACUUCUACAGACACAUCGUUGCAAAGCUUAUCCGAACCAUCUUCAGCUUUGGGAUUAUCUUCCUUGAACAACAAUGACAAAGAAGCACCAAGUCACAAUGCUAAAUUACAAAAGGCACCUUCGCUCAUCAGUCUCGCAAGCGUUCCAGUGCAUAGCUAUAACAUGGAUCAAACAGUUAGCCCCGACUAUUCUUUGGAGGAAUCAGAAGCAAGAAUAGAAAUGAACCCUCACCAAAGCAUAGCAAGCUUAUUCGACGACUUUGAUACCAGGUCUAUCAACUCUUCACAAGCCCUCAAAAGCUCAAGCGAAGAAGGCUCAUCACUCUCGUCUGAAACACGAGAAAAUGUCGCACUAGGAAAGGCUUCCUACUUGAACAAUAUCAACUAUAUCAGAGACCACUUGGACUACUUGAACCAAUCGCUAAAUGUAAACCGUUCACACCGAGGCUCUAACGGAUCGUACUUGGACUUUGCCAACAUACUUCCAGAUACUAUACCCAAUUAUGUCUUGACUAGUCAGUUUGGAACCUCUCACCACCGUACCAAUUUGCUAUACUAUGGAAUGAAAACAGAUACAAAAAUCCCUACUUUACAAGAUUCUUUUACUUCAAACCCAGCAUCCAAAACAGCACCCUCCAUCGAAGCAAACACUAAAAUUAUUAUGCGCAUUUCACCAAAUAUACUUAAAAAGACAUCACUCUCGCGCUUACUCAAUGAGUGGUACAUGCUCUCAGGAAUGAAUGCACCCAGAACACAUCCAUUGUGGACCAAUGAGACAUUGACAAAUGAGUACCUUAGAGACACAGAGAGGCCGAUUUUGGAUAAACAUGCAGUAAAUGCGCCACCCACUUUACCUCCAAAUAUGGAGGGUAUCUUGUAUCCCUCCGAGGUUUUGUCAUUUAGUUUUACCGAUGAACAAGAUGCAAACUUUCCAAGAAAAAAAGCUUCGCGCGAUCAAAAACGAAUUGCAUUGAUUUAUAAAGACAAUGAUUACAAAACGUUUGCCGAAUAUGUCUCCAAUGAAGGAGAGGGAAAUAGUGGCGAUAAAGACGGAUCUUUUUCGUCCAAUGGCUCAACGGGGGGAAGGAGACGUUCAGCAACAAGUAACAAUUCUGCAUCAAACCUCACGCCAAGCGAGAGUACCGACCAUUUUACGGGAUUUUUCAGCGGGGUUGGAGGGCUGAUGGGUAUGACAAGCUCCACCAACUCGCUAUUCAAUAAAUUGACUCGUCAAGUUAUGAAUAGUCCCAAAACACCAUUGAAAGUCAUUGAGAUUGUUUCCGAUAUCAUAAAAGUAGUUGAAACAUUGGCCAAGGUUCAUGAGUUAGGUAUAGUUCACAAUGGGUUAACUAGUCUGAAUCUUUUAAAAUCUUAUACCGACCAAAAUGAUAUCAAGAUCAUUGGGUGGGAGUAUGCAUUUAACAAUUCGGAAAAUUGCAUAUAUGGGUAUAGAACGACCCACUUGAAUGAUAUUAUUGACUUGGUACCAUACAUGUCUCCCGAGCUGUCUGGUGUUGUGAAUCAGUUUGUUGAUUACAGAUCAGAUUUCUACUCCUUGGGAAUAGUACUAUAUGAGUUACUCUUGGGCGCGUUGCCAUUUCAAAGCGAUGAUCCAAACUCCAUCAUACGAAUGCAUAUUUUCCAAAAACCUGUGGCACCGCAUUUAUUGGCGCACAAUUGGAUAUCAGAGAAAUUGAGUUUGGUGAUUAUGACGUGUUUGGAGAAAAACCCAGCUGAUCGAUAUACUGAUUGUUACUCGCUAUUGAGCGAUUUGAUGCUUGUGAAGAAUAGUUAUAUUGGCAAAGUAAGUUCAUUGGGUGAACUAGUUUGGAACCAUUGGAAAAAGACCAAUGAUUUCGAUGUUUAUUUGAAUAAACAAAAGCCAAUACACCCAGAGAAGGUGGGCCAUUGUCCACUGUUGAGUAUUCAAACUAAAUUUAUUGGACGUGAAGAUUUUUACAAAAAAGUGUUUGAUUCCUUCAACAAUAUGCACACUGGUGGUGUAAAUAUGAUGUUCAUCACGGGCGAAAGUGGGACUGGUAAAACAAUUAUUUUGAAUGACCUUAGGGCUGGCGCCUUCUUCAAAUAUGACUAUUAUUGCUUUUGGAAGUUUUCCUACUCUGACACGGGAAGUACAAUUUACUCUUACUUGCUAGACGGUAUUAAAACUGUUAUUGGACAAAUUUUGGAGUGCUCAGAAGAAAUACAAAGCGAUUGGAGAGAGCUUAUAGUUAAGCAUAUACCGUUGGACUUGAGCAUCUUGUUUUACUUGAUUCCAGAAUUGCGUAAACUAUUGGGUGAAAAAUACGUAUCGAUUUACCUGCACAAGCUGGGACAAAAUACACCCGGAGCUGCAGGUAAACAAUCAAAAGAAGAGCCGGCAGGUAGCAUGGAGGUGAAAUUCAGAAGCAUAAUUAAAACAUUCUAUAAAGUUGUCGGAUACCAAGGAAUGACAAUUUUCAUUGACGAUGUGCACUGGUGUACAGAGGAAUCGUGGGCUUUGUUAUGUGAUCUUUUGGCGUAUAAUGAAGAGGAAACAGAUGUUGGUGAAAUGGCAUUGAAAAUAGUCGUUACCUAUACUGUAAAUGCCGCGCAAUUUGUUGAAAAUGUUAAUAACCAAGAUAGAGAGAUGAUGUUCAAAAGAUAUGCUGCUAGGUCAAAUAUGAAUUUGCAAGUUUAUGAUGUCCCCAAUAUUCCGGAAAAAGCCUAUGUCUCUUGGGUAACACUGACCUUGAGUGCAAAUGUAUCGGCAGUAGCGCAUGGUGCACCACCACUGCAAACAAGCAUGUCAUCGAUGAUUGACCAGCGUCAUAGUGAUACCUCUAAGGUGGUAAAAAAAACCAGUUCUCUUGAACGCGAAAUUAAUGAUGCCAAAAACUUUUAUGAAGCUUCUGGCGGAAACGUGUUGUUGAUUUUAUAUGCAUCGCGAAUGGCACGUUUUGCCCAACAUUGUUAUUAUGCAAGUGGAUCACAUCAGGGCCAUCUUAUUGUUGACAAUCUCAGUCCUGAGGUAUAUGGUAGUAAUAGUCACGAAGUGGUUGCUAACUAUUUAAGUACUGUUGUUACCCCGGAAACACAGGAAAUUCUUGAGUUUACAGCAAUCAUCUCGAACGGUACCGGCUUUAAUCUUUCUGACUUGGCCGUGGCUGUGAAUUUACCUAUUGAAAAAGUGUUUUUGUUUUUGCAGUUGCUCGUGGUGGCUAAAAUCCUUGUCCCGACAAGUACUUACUACAAGGUGCCUUUCCAUUUGAUUUGCUCAAAUGAAUCUCCUUUUGAUUUGACAGAAAAUAAUGUUUGGGAAUUGGCGUCAAAUUGUAGGUAUCGUUUUUUCCAUGACUCUCUUUGUACUCAUAUUAUAUCGAAUAUGAGCAGUGAAAGAUACAUGGAAUUGUCCAGAUUAUGUGGUUUGAGAUAUUACAAGACAAUAAUUAAGGAAAAGACUUUAAACAUUGGUGGAUACUUGCAAAUGGCAAGCUAUUUCCACCAAUCGCACGAAGUUGCACAACCGAACGAGAAGGAGUUGUACAUUGAGGUAUUGAUUCAAGCUGGUCGAUAUGCUUCUUCGACAUACAACAUGAGACUAGGUCAAAAAUUUUUCGAAACUGUGGGAGAGAUGGUUGACGACCUUGAACCGAAACGUCAAUUAAAGUCAAUAUUAACCAUUGCUCAAAAUCAUUACUAUUUUAGGGAUUAUGACAAGUGUUUAAAUGUUAUUGAGGAGGCUCAACUUAAGUAUGGGUUUGACAAGCUAGUAUUUCUUUUCCAAACUGUUCGGUGUAAGAUCCAAAUGGGACAAGUCGAAGAAGCGAUUAGCUUGUGUAUUGAGUGCUUACCAAAGCUUGGCGUCGAAGUUUCUUUAGAUGAAGAAACGAAUCAAAAAUUGUUUGAGAGUUUGAAAUCAAAGAUUCCAGUUUCAGUUCCUGAGAUUCGAAGUAUUUUAAAAUUGAAAACUGUUAAUGAUGCAAAAACAACAUUGAUUUUCCAUUUGAUAUCACAAGUUCUUUCACCAUUGAUUUUACUUAAACGUGAUUCUUGUCGUCGACUUUUGGUUGCACAGGCAAUGAUGGCCAUCUACAAAAAUGGAUCUUCGCCAUUUGCGGCAAUGAUUAUGAUUGACUUUGCUGCCGACUUUGCACGAGAGUUUACAACCUCUGGUCAAGUUAAAGCUAAAGAAUUAUCAAAAGUUGCAUUGACCUUAGUCAAUCGAGCUAAUAAUGUGUCUUUAUCCUUCACCAGAACCAUUUAUGAAAUUUACGUUUGUACUUUAGCAUUCUAUUACGAGCCAUUACCAACGAUUUCCAAGUAUUUUGAAAUCAGCUCAGAGUCUGAUCAAAAUGAUACUCUUUCAACAUUUAAAGAUAUGAAUAUAGUCUUGGGACUUUGCAAAGCUGUAUACCUUGUUUCAAGUGGACGAGCAUAUGAGACAUCGUACCUGUUAAAAUAUAGAAGGGCUCAAAGACCAAAGGUUGAUCUUUACUCUUCUGAACAACAAUUUUUAUUCGAUGCAGAAGAUGUCUUGUGUGGCUAUAUGUCCGUAAAUGACUUUAGAGACAAGUAUGAAAAAAAAAUCGAAAAACAACUUCCAUUAUCGCAGUUUUGUUAUAAUGUUGUUGUUAUGGGCUCAUUGUUGGGUAGUGGCCAGUAUGAUGAGGCCUGUGAAAUGAUUUUAGAGAAAAUGCAGACUAUUCUGGAAAACUCGCCGUUGUUACUCAUUAAUUGUCAGUACUAUUUGCUUUCUGCAGUGCUGCUUGCUUUCUCUUCUACCUUAUCUCCAGAAAAGGAAAAACAAAAAACAGCUAUUCUUUCUACAAUCCAUGAAAGAUUAAAGUUGUGGAGCUUGACCAAUGAGAAAAUUUUUAAAAGCAAGUACUUAUUUGUCACGGCAAUAGUGCAUAUCAGAGAAAGAAAGCAAGAGCGGUUGUUCAUUCUUGACUGUUUUGAAGAAGCGUUAGAGGAAGCAAGAAUAAGAGGCAAUUCGUAUGAGGUUUGUUGGUACUCAAUGACAUGUGCUAGGUGGUUGGUGCUUGAAAAACAAAAUAAACACCGGAUUUCGAAAUUUGCGAAAACUGGAAUUGAGAUUUUGAGAAAAUUGGACAUUUACGUGUUUUUGAAAGCUGUUGAAGAAGAAUUUAGUCGCUACCUUGUUGAUAAUACACCUUCCUCAAUUGGUUGGACAUAUAUGAACGAAUUAGAUGUUGAUGAUUAUCUGGCCACGCCUCCUACUCCAAGGAGCAACGGUACUGCUGCUACACCUGCUGUUGUUGGCGGCGGCGCCGCCGGUGGAGGAGGAGGAGGUGGUGGUGGUGGUGGUAGUGUAGGAGACAAUGGUGGCUUUUCCGGUGGCACUGGGAAUGGACUUACUAUGAGCCUUGACGAUAGUGUCAAUGACGAGAUGAAAAGUCUUAUGAAGAUAAACAGAAAUACGAGGAAAGCUGCUCAUAAAGUGAAGACCAACAACAACAUUAACCAGCAAUAUGACCUAUAUUCUACCAUACAAGCUUGCUUAGGAAUAUCGGAAGCAUCAGAUGAGAAAACCAUUUUGGUGGAGUUGUUAUCGUGUGCCAUCAAGUUUGCCGAAGUGGACUAUGGUGUAGUGGUUUAUAAUGACGAGAUUGAACCAAAGAUUUUAGCCGUGGGCUCGGCACAGCAUAUAUAUGCUCUAAAAGAAGAACCUUUAAGUUCGAGAGUUGACGUGUGUCCCUUUUUGCUAGUGCUGUAUGUUUUGGAGAAUGGCGAAACGGUUAAUAAAGAAUAUGACCACAUUGCGUUUGCCACUAAAUUUGGUAAGGACGCGUACUACAGAUUUGAACCUACUUCAUCUGUUUUGUGUGUGCCGUUAAAAGAUCAGUUUGGAAUAUUCGGUGCAUUGUACCUUGAAGUAGAUAAUAGAAAGGAUAAAAAGAGAGCCAUUUUUGAUGGAAGAAAAAAGGAUUUAUUGAACUUGUUUUGUUCACAAGCCUCUGUAGCUAUGGGCAAAGCAAAGCUCAUUUCACAAAUGGAGUUGGCAAAACAGGCUGCCGAAGAUGCUACUGCAGAAAAAGCAAGCUUUUUAGCCAAUAUGUCGCAUGAAAUUCGAACUCCCUUUAAUUCAUUGCUUUCCUGUUCAAUUUUCCUUCUUGAUACCCCGCUUAAUUCUACUCAACGAGAGUAUGUCGAGGCUAUAAAAAGUUCGGCUAUGGUGACAUUAAAUAUCAUCGAUGGAAUCUUGGCAUUCUCCAAGAUUGAGCAUGGCUCGUUCACAUUGGACAAUGCGCCAUUCUCGUUAAAUGACUGUAUUGAGAGUGCAAUACAACUUGGUGGUGAACAAGUUGUUGAUAAUGAGCUUGAGUUGGUAUUCUUCAACAAUUGCCCUCAGAUCAACACUGUUAUGGGUGAUGUUACAAGGGUUCGACAAAUUAUUAUUAAUUUAGUAGGUAACGCCAUCAAAUUCACAAGUCAAGGACAUAUAAUUGUUAGUUGUAAUGCUGCUGAAAUCACUCCGGACCGAUAUGAAAUUCUCAUUUCCGUUGAAGAUACCGGUAUUGGUAUCCCCGAGAUGUCCCACAAAAAGGUGUUUGGCGCUUUUUCACAAGUUGAUGGAUCUUCAAGACGUGAGUUUGGUGGGUCUGGUUUAGGGCUUGCGAUAUCCAAAAAGUUGGCCGACAUUAUGGGUGGUGAUAUUAGGUUUGAGAGUCAAGAGGGUAUGGGAAGCACUUUUUACUUUAAUGUCAGUUUAAAUGUAAAGUUAUUUGACAAGCCCGAGAUUGAACUACCUGACAAGAAAGCGCUAAUAAUCAGUAAGUUGGAAUUGACAAGUGAGAGUUUAAAGAAUAUGUUGACUUUUUUCAAGUUGGAUGCUACUGAUGUACAGAGUGUUUCCCAGGUUCAAAAUGUUAAGGAAAAGGAUUACUUUUUUGUCAAUAUGGAUGAGUAUGACGAUUUUAGUAAGUUGGAGGAUCAACUAGAAGAAACAGUUAAAGUUGUAAUAUUGGCGCAAUUUGGAAAGCCAUUAUCCGAAGAAAGUUCAAAGUACGAAGCACUUUUGUGUCCAUUCCAAAGAGAUAGGGUGGUGAGACUUCUUAAGCAUCAAGAAGAGGUGAAGGAAAAACCCAAUGUUAUUACUCCACUCAAGUUGGCCGACGAGUAUCCAUUGAAAAUAUUGUUAGCCGAGGACAAUUUGCUCAAUUACAAAGUUGCAUUGAAAUACCUUGAAAAGCUUGGUUUCAAAGCAGAUCAUGCCAAAGACGGUGUACAAGUAUUGGAAAGAUGUGAUGAAUUAUUGAGCAGAAACGAAAAAUAUGAUGUCAUUCUCAUGGAUAUUCAAAUGCCGGCUAAGGAUGGAAUUACUGCCACAAAGGAGUUGAUUGCCAAGUACAAUGAACUUGGUAAAAGUAGUUUCAUUCCAAAGAUUGUAGCAUUGACUGCAAAUGUUGCAGGAGAUGAUAGGAAUAAGUGCAUUGAGUGUGGAAUGGUUGAUUUCAUUUCCAAACCAAUCUUGCCAAAUGAACUAAAACGGGUGUUGGCAAAUUUGGGUCAGCAAGUAAAUGCAGAAACCGUUUAG